AUGAGAAGGCCGCAGUUCAGUGGAUUGGAAGUCUCCUUGGUCACACUCUUCAUUUUGUCGGCGAUUGUAUCCUGUAUCUUGAUUGGGCUUUUAGCAACAGGUCAUACUGGAUUAAAAGACUAUUCCCCAAAUUGUCCAGUUGUACAGCUAUCUGAGAGAAUAGACUGUAUUCCAGAUCAAGUGGCAACAAAGGCCCUAUGCACACUCCGUGGCUGCUGCUGGGAUCCUCAGAAUGAAACAAACAUACCCUGGUGCUACUUUUCCAAAAGCCAUGGGUACCAAGUUGAUGGAGGCCAGAGAGACACAAAUACAGGAUUUGAAGCCACACUGACAAGACUGCCUGCACCAUCAUUGUUUGGAAAUGAUAUUGGAAAACUUGUCCUCACUGCUGAAUAUCAGACAGCAAACCGCUUCCACUUCAAGAUUACAGAUCCUGCUAAUAAAAGAUAUGAAGUUCCCCAUGAGAAUGUUAAACCCUUUGAUGGACCUAAAGCAAACAAUAUGAACUAUAGAAUUGAAAUCACAGAGAAUCCUUUUAGCAUCCAGGUGAUCAGGAGUAGUACUAACAACGUCCUAUUCAACACCAGCAUAGGACCGCUUGUGUAUGCUGACCAGUUCCUGCAGCUUUCCAUCAGAGUGCCCAGCUGGAAUGUUUAUGGUGUUGGAGAACAUGUCCGUAGGCAGUACCGACAUGAUUUUAACUGGAAAACAUGGCCCAUUUUUACCCGGGAUGCUGCGCCUCUUGGGGAUAUGCACAACCUCUAUGGUGCUCAUCCUUUCUUCUUAUGUUUGGAAGACAGCAGUGGACAUUCCUUUGGUGUAUUCUUUAUGAACAGCAAUGCCAUGGAUUUUGCUCUUCAGCCUGCCCCAGCUGUUACAUACAGAACAAUUGGUGGAAUUCUAGAUUUCUAUGUCUUCUUGGGAAAUACACCAGAGCAAGUUGUCCAAGAAUAUCUCUUGCUGAUAGGACUUCCAUGGAUGCCUUCCUACUGGAAUCUUGGGUUCCAGAUUUGUCGCUGGAAUUAUACAGACCUUAAUGAUCUGAAAGCCACAGUGGAAAGGAAUCGGGCAGCUGGAAUACCAUAUGAUGUUCAGUAUACCGAUAUUGACUACAUGGAAGACAAGAAAGACUUUACUUAUGAUACAAUAAAGUUUGCAGGCCUCCCUGAGUUUAUUCAAGACCUUCAUGACCAUGGACAGAAAUAUGUUAUAAUAUUGGACCCUGCCAUUUCUGUUGACAAGCUCCGCAAUAAUACUGAUUAUAUGCCCUAUAUAAAUGGUGAACAAAUGAAAGUGUGGGUCAAUGAAUCAGAUGGAAAAACUGCUCUUAUUGGAGAGGUGUGGCCAGGAACAACAGUUUUCCCUGAUUAUUCCAAUCCUUCUGCUAUUCAGUGGUGGGUUCAAGAGUGUGACGAUUAUCACAAAAAAGUCCCCUUUGAUGGUCUGUGGGUUGACAUGAAUGAAAUAUCCAAUUUUGUUAAAGGAUCGAAAACUGGCUGUGCAGCCAACAGCUUAAAUUACCCUCCUUUUACUCCAAAGAUUCUUGACGGAGUCAUGUACUCAAAGACACUGUGCAUGGAUGCCAUACAGCAUGCAGGCAAACACUAUGAUGUCCACAGCCUCUAUGGAUAUUUCAUGACUAUAGCUACUGAUGCGGCUCUUCAAACAAUUUUCCCUGGAAAUAGGAGCUUCCUUCUUUCACGAUCUACUUUUGCUGGAUCUGGAAAAAUCUCAGGACAUUGGCUGGGAGACAACGCUGCUACCUGGAAUGAUAUAAAGUGGUCCAUACCAGGAAUGUUGGAUUUCGGUCUCUUUGGCUAUCCUUUUAUUGGAGCAGAUGUUUGUGGGUUUCUUGAAAAUGUUUCAGAAGAACUCUGCAGACGGUGGUUGCAAGUUGGAGCAUUUUACCCAUUUUCUCGGAAUCACAAUAGUGAAUCCAACAAUCCUAAAGAUCCUGCAUCGUUUGGGCAGAACUCUCUUUUGGUGAACUCAACCAAACACUAUCUGACCAUACGCUACACCUUGUUACCAUAUCUCUAUACGCUCUUUUACAAAGCACAUUCCGGAGGAGACACAGUUGUAAGACCUGUUCUACAUGAAUUCUACUCAGAUGAAGCCACCUGGGCUAUUGACAGGCAGUUCUUGUGGGGACCUGGUCUUCUUAUUACUCCAGUCCUGGACCCGGGUGUGGAUACAGUGACUGCAUAUAUGCCUGAUGCUGUGUGGUAUGAGUAUGAGACAGGCAUAAUAUUUCCUUGGAGGAAAAAGGAGUGCCAGAUGAAUCUCCCAGCAGACACACUAGGACUUCACCUCCGAGGAGGCUACAUCUUUCCUACCCAGCAACCAGCCAACACAACUGUUUACAGCCGUUCAAAACCUAUGGGACUUAUAAUUGCCUUGGAUGAUGGUGGAAAAGCUGCUGGAGAAUUAUUCUGGGAUGAUGGAGUAACCAAAGAUACAGUGGCAAAAGGAACCUACCUCUUAUAUCAAUUUAAUGUCUCUAAUAAUAUCUUAACUAUGGAUGUGACACACAAUGCCUAUACAGAUCCAAAUAAUUUAACAUUUGAGGAAAUCAAAAUCCUUGGAUUGCCCCUUGAGCCUACAGAAGUGACAGCGAUUUCAAACACUGGGGUUCAAGAUAAUCUCACUGUCAGUUACAGUGCCGCAGAUAAGGUUGCCCAUAUCACAGGUCUUCGGCUCCAGCUGGGGGAAACACACAAAAUCUCCUGGAAGCAGGUCUUCAGAGACAGUGACAAAUUUGAUUGUCAUCCUGAGCCUGGUGCAACAGAAGCAAGCUGCCUAAGCCUUGGCUGUAAAUGGAAUACUAGCACUUCUCAAGGUUCCCCAUACUGUUACUAUCCUUCCAAUAAUGGUUAUACUGUUGAACAAAUUCAGUAUACACCUUCCGGUUUGACAGUAAACCUUGGCAGAGGCCCUGGAACUGCUAGACAUCUCAAAGUGCCUGCAACACCCAUCGACACACUUCGCUUGGAGGUGAAAUAUCACGAGAAUAACAUGCUUCAAUUUAAGAUCUAUGAUUACAUUAACAAAAGGUAUGAGGUUCCAGUGCCACUGAACCUCCCCAACACACCUGCAAGUACCCAUGAGAACCGCCUCUAUGAUGUGGCAAUUCAGAACAAUCCAUUUGGUAUCCAAGUUCGGCGCAGAAGCACUGGGACGGUGAUUUGGGACUCCCAGUUACCUGGCUUCAUCUUCAGUGACAUGUUCAUCCAGAUUUCCACGCGCCUACCCUCUCCAUAUGUAUAUGGGUUUGGUGAAACAGAGCAUGCUCAAUUCUAUCAGGAAAUGAAUUGGCAUACUUGGGGGAUGUUUGCAAGAGAUCAAUCUCCUGGAUACAAAUUGAAUACUUAUGGAGUUCACCCCUUUUACAUGGGCCUAGAAAAUGAUGGAAAUGCACACGGAGUUCUCUUGCUGAACAGUAAUGGAAUGGAGGUGACAUUCCAGCCAACUCCUGCUUUGACUUACCGUACAAUUGGAGGGAUUUUGGACUUCUAUUUAGUUUUGGGACCAACUCCAGAACAAGUGGUUCAGGAAUACACUGCACUCAUUGGACGUCCAGUCAUGCCUCCAUAUUGGGGUUUGGGUUUCCAACUAUGCCGCUAUGGAUACGAAAAUGACACAGAAAUUGCCCAACUUUAUGAUGCAAUGAAGGCAGCUAAAAUCCCCUAUGAUAUACAAUAUGCAGAUAUUGAUUACAUGGAGCGGCAGCUGGACUUCACUCUCAGUCCCAAGUUUACAAACCUUCCAGCUCUGGUUGACAGAAUGAAACAGGAUGGGAUGAGAUUUGUCAUCAUUUUGGAUCCAGCCAUUUCUGGGAAUGAAACCAAGCCUUAUCCACCAUUCACAAGAGGUGUUCAGGAUGAUGUCUUCAUUAAAUGGCCCAAUGGCAGUGAUAUUGUGUGGGGAAAGGUGUGGCCUGAUCUUCCUGGUGUUGUUGUGAAUACAUCAAAAACCUGGGAUGAGCAAGUUGAGUUAUACAGAGCUUGGGCUGCAUUUCCAGAUUUCUUUCGCAACUCUACAGCUCAGUGGUGGAAAAGAGAAAUUCAGGAGUUCUACACCAACCCUGUUUAUCCAGCAAAAAGCAUUAAAUUUGAUGGCCUUUGGAUCGAUAUGAAUGAACCAUCAAGUUUUGUCACUGGUUCCGUUAUUGGUUGCGGGAACUCUGAUCUAAAUACACCUAUAUAUAUACCAAACUUACUAGGAAGGGAUAUUGGGUUGAGUGACAAAACCUUGUGCAUGCAAAGUCAACAGUUUCUGGCUGAUGGAAGCCCAGUUCGACACUAUGAUGUCCACAAUCUAUAUGGUUGGUCGCAAACUAAGCCUACAUAUGAUGCUUUACACAGUGUCACUGGGGAACGUGGCAUUGUCAUUUCUCGUUCAACAUAUCCAUCAAGUGGCAAAUGGGCAGGGCAUUGGCUAGGCGACAAUGUCUCAAAGUGGGAUCAACUUUACAAAUCUAUAAUUGGUAUGAUGGAGUUCAGCCUUUUUGGAAUAUCCUAUACUGGAGCAGAUAUCUGUGGCUUCAAUGAUAAUACAGAUUAUGAAAUGUGUGUUCGCUGGAUGGAGCUGGGUGCUUUUUAUCCAUAUUCCAGGAAUCACAAUGGCAUAGGAUUUGUGAGGCAAGAUCCUGUAUCCUUUAAUCAGACUUUUGAAGAAAUAUCCAGGAAUCUGCUCAAUACCAGAUAUACUUUGCUCCCCUUUCUGUACACACUCAUGUAUGAGGCCCAUGCUCAUGGUAGCACAGUUAUACGUCCUUUACUUCAUGAAUUUACAGAUGAUACCAAAACAUGGAAAAUACAUGAACAGUUUCUUUGGGGACCUGCAUUGCUCAUUAGCCCUGUGCUGCAUAAAAAUACUACAUCGAUACAGGCUUAUUUUCCUGAUGCCCGUUGGUAUGAUUAUUACACAAAUAUGGACAUUGGAGUUCGAGGACAAUUCUCUAACUUGGAAACUCCUCUUGAUCACAUCAACCUUCAUCUUAGAGGUGGCUACAUUUUCCCAUGGCAGCUACCUGCUCUCAAUACCAAGGCCAGUCGAAGAAACUCAAUGGGCCUUACAGUUGCUUUGGAUGACAAUAGUAAUGCUCAAGGGCUUCUUUAUUGGGAUGAUGGAACAACAAUUGAUGCAUAUGAGAAUGGCCUUUACCUCUUGCACACGUUUAAUGCCAGUAAGGGUGCUUUGGACAUCAACGUCGCCCAUCAGGGAUAUUUUGACCCAAACAACUUAAAAUUUGGUGAAAUUAAAAUCCUAGGAGUAGCAAACGUACCUGAAAAUGUUACUGUGCUUCAGAAUGGUGCAUUAAUUCCAUCCAGUCAUAAUCAGGACUAUAAUUCUUCAACUAAGGUCUUGCACAUUACAGGCCUUCAGCUUGCACUGGGGCAGGCAUAUACAUUGCGAUGGAGGCACAUUACCAAAAAUAUAGACAAAUUUAACUGCCAUCCAUACCCAGAACCAACACAAAGCUCUUGUGAAGAUCGUGGCUGUUUCUGGGAGGUUGUCUCUGUUCCUGGUGUGCCACACUGUUAUUACCCCAAUAAUUACGGCUACUCUGUCAAUAACAUUCAAAACACUAUUGGGGGCUUAACAGCUGACCUCCAGAGGAACACACUCUACCCUAACCCUUAUGGGCCUCCUUCGCCACCUGUUGACCAGCUUCGCUUGGAAGUGACAUACCAUUACAACAAUAUGCUGCAGUUUAAGAUCUAUGAUCCUAACCACAAAAGAUAUGAGGUUCCAGUCCCACUGUUCACCCCAAACAGCCCUGAAAGUACCCAAGCUAAUCGGCUGUAUCAAGUGGAAAUUGUGAACUAUCCAUUUGGCAUACAGAUCCGACGCAAAAGCACAGGAACUGUAAUCUGGAAUUCUCAAGUGCCAGGGUUCACCUUUAGUGACAUGUUCAUCCAAAUUGCUACUCGUCUGCCAUCACAGUAUGUGUAUGGAUUUGGAGAAACUGAGCACACUCAGUUCCAUAGGGAUAUGAACUGGCAUACAUGGGGAAUGUUCGCAACAGAUCAGUCACCCGGGUACAAACUGAACUCAUAUGGAUUCCACCCUUUCUACAUGGGGCUGGAAAAUGAAGGAAAUGCUCAUGGAGUUCUUUUGCUUAACAGUAAUGCUAUGGAUGUCACCUUACAACCAACACCUGCCCUGACCUAUCGCACAAUUGGAGGAAUUCUAGACUUUUACAUGGUUUUGGGGCCAACUCCAGAAGAAGUGGUUCAGGAAUAUACUGCACUAAUUGGACGACCGGUCAUGCCACCCUAUUGGGCCCUGGGAUUCCAGCUUUGCCGCUAUGGAUACAAAAAUACUUCUGAGAUUGCCGAAGUAUAUGAUGCAAUGAGGGCAGCUAGAAUACCCUAUGAUGUACAAUUUACAGACAUUGAUUACAUGGAACGGAAGCUAGACUUCACUCUUGGCAAAAACUUCUCUGACCUUCCAGCUUUUGUCAAUCGAAUAAAAGAAGAAGGUUCAAGGUUCAUCAUCAUCCUGGACCCACCCAUAUCAGGCAAUGAAACUGAAACAUAUAAUGCAUUCACAAGGGGCAUGCAAGAUGAUGUCUUCAUCACAUGGAGCAACAGCAGUGAAAUUGCAUGGACAAAGGUGUGGCCAGAUUAUCCCAACGUAACAGUUGAUGAAAAUGAAAGUCUGGAUGUUCAACUUCAGCUGUACCGGGCUUAUGUCGCUUUCCCAGAUUUCUUGCGCAGUUCAGCAUCACAGUGGUGGCAAAAAGAAAUAGAGGAUUAUCAUGCCAAUGUUCUGAAAUUUGACGGCCUGUGGACUGACAUGAAUGAACCAUCCGCCUUCAUUGAUGGAGCUGUUGAACCCUGUAGGAGUAAAAUCUUAAACAACCCUCCCUAUAUGCCAGACUUGUUUUUAAAAGCAAGAGGACUGGAUCGUAUUACCCUGUGCAUGGAUACUGAACAGCAGCUCCCUGAUGGAACACCUGUGACACACUAUGAUGUGCAUAACCUGUAUGGAUGGUCCCAAGCAAAACCCACUUACUAUGGUAUGCACAAUGCCACAAAGGAGCGUGGGAUCAUUAUUACCCGUUCAACUUAUCCAUCCAGCGGACGAUGGGCAGGGCAUUGGCUUGGUGAUAACUAUGCAAGAUGGGAUCAGCUUGAGAAAUCCAUCAUUGGUAUGAUGGAGUUUAGCCUCUUUGGAAUCUCCUAUUGCGGGGCUGACAUCUGUGGCUUCUUCAAUGACACAACCUAUGAAAUGUGUGCCCGGUGGAUGGAACUUGGAGCAUUCUACACCUUCUCUAGAAAUCAUAAUGUUAUAGGAACUAUGCGGCAAGAUCCUGUCUCUUUUAACUCAACAUUUGAAGAUAUAUCAAGGAAUGUGCUCAGCAUACGCUACAAAUUGCUACCUUAUCUCUACACGUUAAUGCACAAUGCCCAUGCUGAUGGCAGCACUGUUUCACGUCCUUUGCUGCAUGAGUUUGUGGAUGAUAGGACAACAUGGGAUAUCUACAAGCAAUUCUUAUGGGGCCCAGCUCUCCUGAUUAGUCCUGUGCUAGAAGAAGGCGCUGUGACAGUGAAUGCUUAUAUACCUGAUGCACGGUGGUAUGAUUAUUAUACGGAAGAAGACAUUCAAAUUCGAAGACAGUUCCAUGUGUUACAAGCACCUUUGGAUCAUAUAAAUCUCCAUAUCCGGGGUGGUUACAUCAUUCCCUGGCAGGUUUCUGAUAUUACCACCAAUGCCAGCCGACGGAAUCCUAUGGGGCUCACUGUUGCUUUGGAUGAUAAUGGCAAUGCUGAAGGACAACUUUACUGGGACGAUGGAGUUACUAUUGAUGCGUAUGAGAAAGGGCUUUACCUCUUUCACACAUUCAAUGCAAGUCAGAGUGUAUUGGACAUCACUAUAGACAACCAGGGAUACAUAGAUCCAAACGACUUGACAUUUGGUGAAAUUAAAAUUCUAGGAGUAGCACCUGACACCCCUGCCAACGCCACUGUGCUUCAGAAUGAUUUACCGAUCCUAUCCAAUCAUACUGCCACCUAUAAUUCUACAACUCAGGUCUUCCACAUUACGGGUCUUCAGCUUUCACUGGGACAAGCAUAUUCAGUGAAAUGGGGGCUGCCAAUACAGUUGUGAAGGCUGUGGCUGUCUCUGGGAGGUUAAAGCAACAACCAUUUAAUCCUGGAGACAAAUGAAGUGCAGAUCCAGCUCAAGAAAAGAAAUACACAGCUCAGGAAAUGUACUUGCAGUUUGAAAAUGGGAAGAACCCAUGGAAACACUCGAUGUGGAAGUGGAAUAAUUUCUAUCCCUUAACCAACUGUUCAGCCAAUUGAUUUUGAGUCAGGUUCUGUCAAAGCAGUUGAUUAAAGUAUAAGAGUAAAGUAAA